AUGAUCUCGAGUCUGGAAAAGUGGAAAUGGUUUGUUGCAGCAGUGUGCAAUUCCAUCUACUCUUUCCGACUUGUGAUUGGAGGUUCAGAUGCCGACCUGAUCAUGGUCGACGCCACCAGUUUCACGCCGUCAUGCGCUGAUUCUGCUUUUCAAAAUGCUGAAUGCCUGCGACUUGGUGAAGACGCUUCACAGUCACCAGCGGUUUGCAUCUUCCUCUUCAUGCUCUUCCUGACAAAGGCAUGGAUCAGCCUCAAAGAUGGCGUGGCAACCUCUCAGACUGAGUUCAAUUUUGGCCUUCAGUUAAGAGCAUGCCUUGCUGCUGCUUGA